CAGCUGCUAGACGAAGAGGACUGUUUGUAAGUCUUCUUUUGGAUCAUUCAGUACCAAAUUUGGAUAUUUAGGAAACUAUGGCCUCUCAAACUCCAUUUGAAAGAGAUGUCAUUAUUGCGAUCGAUUUCGGCACUACUUACAGCGGAUUUGGAUACGUAUUCCUCAACGCAUCCCAAGAUCAUAUCUACGUGUUUCAAAAGUGGGGAAGAGGACAAGGAAUGGGCUACGGCAAGACACCAACAGCUCUCCUCCUCACCGAGAAAGGCGAAUUCCAUAAGUUUGGACAUGCAGCUGUUGAGACGUACGGGAAACAAGCGAUGUCAAAGAAGGAUUGCAAAAAGCUUUUGUAUUUCGAUAAAUUUAAACUGCUGCUCCAUUCAAAAAAGGACCUAAAUGAGAGAACAGAGGUAAAAGCCAGGAAUGGGAAAAAGUGGCCUGCUUUAGACGUGUUUGCAAAAUGCCUCGAAUAUCUGAAGAAAACUGCAACAGAUGUUGUUAACGAACGGCAUCUGAGGUCAGAAAAGGACAACCCACAUGCAGAAGUUAUGUACAAGCCUGAACAGAUUCAGUGGGUGAUAACAAUUCCAGCAAUAUGGCGAAUUUCCGCCAAGGAAUUUAUGAGAAAAGCUGCCUAUAAGGCUGGGAUUGCAAGCCCCGAGGAUCCUGACCAACUCAUUCUUGCCCUUGAACCUGAAGCCGCUUCGUACUAUUGUAGAAAGCUGCCUUUUGAUAUGUUCAAGGGACAAAAGGGGAAAGAGCUGGUGAAGGACACUUUGGACAAGGAAAAAGUUCCAUAUAUGGUGGUGGAUAAUGGAGGUGGAACCUUGGAUAUCACCGUUCACGAAGUUAAUGCUGAUAAUGGACAUAUCCUGGAAAAACACUGUCCCUCUGGCGGUACCUUUGGUGGUAUUCAUGUCGACCAAGAAUUCGAGCAACUGAUGAUAAAAGCAUUUGGAGACGACUUCAUCAGAAGAUUUAAAGAGCUAUUCCCGAGUGACUGGCAAGUCAUAAUGAACCGCUUUGAGGAACAGAAGAGGGCAGAAGAGGAAGUAGACAACGAUGAAAUUAGUAUCGCUCUCCCUUUAAACUUUAUAAAGUCUUGUUAUCACGAGAUCGGAGAAGAUGAUGCUAUCAAUAAGAGAGUUCAGCGAUUUUGUCCUAAAAAUGUGAGUGUUAGCAGCGACUACUUGAACAUAACCAUGGGCAUGCUAGGAAGCCUGCAUCGUCCAAUUGUGACCAAGAUUGCGGAGCAGAUGAAAAGCUUGCUCGCUAAACAAAGUCUUCAAGAUGUAAAGACAAUUUUUCUCGUCGGUGGUUUUUCUGAAGCUCAGUUUUUAAGGAAAGAAAUUUCCCGCCAAUUUCCUGACAAACGCAUUCUUAUACCACCAGAUCCCCAACUCGCCAUAAUUCGCGGUGCCGUAGAGUUUGCCCAAGAACCGAGUUUACUUCGAGCCAGGGUCAUGGGUAAGACAUAUGGUUUGAAUAUCUGGAAUGAUUUCGAUCCUGAAAAACAUCCGCUCGAGAAACAAGAAAUCAUACGACAGAAAGUGUACUGUCGUGACAUUUUUAAAACCCUAGCCAAGAAAGGAGAACGAAUAGACAUAGACGAGAAAAGAACGUACAAUUUUUGUCCCCUUAAUCCAGAUUCGACUGAAUUCUCUUUCGAGUUUUACAGCACAGACGAAGACGACGCUGACUUUAUCUCCGAUCCCGGAGUUGUAAGUGAAAACGUCGAAAUUUUAAUUUCCAGUCCUAAUACUGCUAAGGGAUGUGACCGAGAAUUAAGGCUGGAAGUAAGGUUUGGUGGCACGGAAACCAAAGUUCAAGUCCUCGAUGUCGAGUCAGGUAAUGUCAAAACAGCAUGUCUUCAGCUUGUUUCCUCAUCUGUGUUUCAUUCCCGUUUUUAUUAGAAAUGCCGAGUUGGACCCAUUUAGACGCUGAAAUUGACUUUUUGAGAGAUUGAUCAGUAUUCUGAUUUUAGAGGCUUUCAAACCUUUCUCCAUAGUCAAAUGAAUAAUAACUGACUUAAGGUCGAAAGGGCGUUCGGCUUCAGCGUUGCCAUGUCGUAGAAGCGCCCCUCAGUGAGCUAGAGGUCCUGGGUUCAAGUACUAGGCCACGCCUGUGUAUAGCCGACUGAUUACCUCCCAUGAUUAAUCGGGGUUAUUACCCUGUUUAACACGUUUCAUAUGAACUAUUUGUAUUACUGGUUUUCUUGGUCCCCAUUGGACUCUGUGCCUUAAACACUACUACGGGCAAAUCGAUCCUGUUUUAAUAAACAUUUUUGUCAGCUUGUAACAAUUGGAAACAUUUGACUCAUUUACGUAACGUAGUCAAGUUUCAGUUCCGACAGUUAACUUGGUUUUUUUAGUGAACGGUUUGUAUCCGCCCAGGUUGCUCGUUCACCGGUAUGUUUCU